UCAUCCAAUGGUAGAAGCGACCCUGUCGUCAAGACAGUGUAGGAAAUUCCCCCAAAAGUCACUGGAGCAGAAAAUAUGAUGAAAUACAAGCGAACAGUUGAGUUCGUCUCGCUUCACUGCACUCACCAGCUUUUGCCAAUGUCGCGCACAUUGAUGUCCUAAAACACAAACACACAUGUGGGACACGCUUCGUUGACUAACCCUGAUAAAGCUUCCCUAGGCGAUAGAUAUAUAUAUUAAUAAUUUAGUUUACGGCAAAACCCGAUUGAUGGACACCCGGAUGUUGCUACGUCGUCGUCGGUGUUGUGUCAGAAGCGAUGUCCAUGUUGAAACCUUUGUGUUCUGUGCUCCUUCGCCGCCAGGUAAAUAUUCUAACGGCCUGUUGUGUACACAGCCACUGACUUCGCUCACCUUCGCAGGUGAGAUUCAAGUUCCUCAGCAUCAAUGUCUUCUUUCGACAGCCCACGUGAGUUUUAUUAAACCCGAGGUGACUACUGUGCCUCAUUUCCCUGUCGAAACGGAGGAUGCUGCCAAUCAUAUUAUUCAAACUAUUCGUGCCAUUGUCCAACUGGUUACUUUGGGGUCAAUUGUCAAAUCGAGACCAGUGUCGUUCUUCGCCAUGUCAGAACGGUGGACGGUGUGUAAGGUACGGCAGUGUCUACAUCUGUGACUGCCUCAGCAUCUACACAGGACUGAGGUGUGAGCGAGCUGUCAACUCGCAGGACUUCAAGCCAAACACGACAUGUGCUGAAUUGCUCUGUCCUUUAUUCGGUGUUAUCGGUUUUGGCCUAACAGUAAUUAUCGCCGUUUGUUUCGUGAUCGUCGUGAAAUGGAAAAGACGACAGCGAGACCUACAGCUUCGUUCUGGAGCUCAUGACGUCAGUGCAUACUUUGAGUCGGACACCCGAGUCAGCACCCUCACCUCUGUGUCUGACCACCCCACUGCCGAACACCCGUACAGUGUGCACUAUACCCGGACAGACAGUCAGACAAGCACGUGUGUCAUUGAACACAUUUCUCUGUCGGAAUGCGAGUCCAAUCAUCUCUCUCCUCAGCAGCCACAUCUCCAUGACAACGAGGAGAGCAGACUAGAUGGAGGGUUGGUCAAUGACGGGUACGACCACGUCAGAGACUUACCUCCCUCCUUACCUGUCUGUGGUGACAGAUCCCAGGUACAUCCGUGACGAGGGAGACUCUGUGCAACAGCUGCCAUCGUACGAUGACGUAGUGGCUGCGGUACGACCAUCACCAGCACCCAGAGACGAAAAUGUGACGUUUGUAUAAGUGUCAAUAUAGGUGACGUCAUGAUCUCACACAACAGACACGUCAUCAGAGACCAAGCGUUACCUCAGUCUACAGUAGAAACACUACGUCAUUCUCAGAGGACCAGCAUGGCUCCCAAAUACUGUCAGGCAAGGCCGACAUUGUGACCUUUAACCUUUAUCAGCUCUACGUUUCUGUCUCACUGUAGAUGACCAACAGAUUAACAAAACAAACAGUCCAUGUACCUUAUGUCUCGUACACUUCAUUAUUUUGCUAAUUUGUUUUUAAAAUACAUCAGCAUGCGUGACCAUAUUAGACCAAGAAUAAAAAUGUUGUUUGUCUGAAGUACAAGGCCCUGGAGGUAACAAACUGUAAAGGUCACAGCACUGUACUGUAUUGUAUAUGUUAGGAACAGGUAGGCAGGGAUUAUCGCCCUUACCCGUG